AGCUGCGCGGAAUGUAUAACGCAUGCGCAAAUAAAUCGUGACGUCGCGUUUUGUGACGCCAUGUUUGCUCAUUGGCUGGAGCUCGAGCUUUAUUAAAAGUAGUGGGGAAUUACACCCGUAAGUUCGUUUCAACGUCGCAUUCUCGAGCGUUCCGCGUUUGUUACCGCUGUUAUUUUCGUGGUAGUAAUUUGUUCAAUACAAUAAUUGUAAGUGAAGCGCAUGAAAUUAACUUAGUAAUUACAAUUAUAUCAUUUUUUUGUAGAUAUUAUAAGCUCUAAAAAAUUUUUUUAAAAUCAUUGUGUUGGACGUUUUUUAAAUUUUAUUUAUUUUUAUCAUAUUUUUCUCCUUUUUCAUCCGACGUGACUCCACCCUUGUGGUUAAAGUUUAAUGCUUGAGAUUCGCAUCUCUCCACGCGUGUGAGUGAGUUAAUUAUUUUUCAGUCCCGAGUGAUUCGUUACUUGUUUAUUUUUUUUUUUUUGUUUUUUAAUUUUCUACAUAAUUACGAAUUUCAUUUGGUUUAUUAGUGAAUAUUUUUAGUGUUAGUGGAGGAAGACAAAGCUUCCAAAUGAUUUUGAAAGAAAUCAUGAGAUAAAGGAUUACUAUUUUUUUACGUAGUGUGUAUAGUAAACUUAAGCAUAAAAUACGGGAAAAAUAAUUAAAUUUUUAUCUUGAAUUGAAGACAAACUUAAAUAACUAUUCAUCAAGAUGAUGGGAAAACGAACCCAGUGCUACCUGUGUGACCUACCUCGUAUGCCAUGGGCUAUGAUAAUGGAAUUUUCAGAGCCAGUAUGUCGUGGGUGUGUUAAUUACGAAGGCGCAGACAGAAUAGAUUUAGUAUUAGAGUCAGCAAAACAGCUGAAAAAGGCUCAUGGCUUCCAGGAUACCAGACCAUCAGUUUCAAAAGCAUACAGAAGUACCAGUCACUCGGAGCAUAAUGGUGGGACGAAUCUUGAUGUUUUACCAAUUCAAAACGCCGGACAAGUCCAUUCUAGGCACCACAAUAUUGCCAGUUAUUCACAACUCCACCACCGCAACUCUAUAAAUGACUUUAAUUCAAAUACACGACAGCAGCAGCAGCAGCAACAACAACAGCAGCAACAACUGGUCGCAGCAGCCCGUCAACAACAGCAUGAAGAACCUCAUGAAUUAGCAAAUGGCAUGAGAAAUAACAAUGUACGGAUGUCAAAUGCUCACUUAGCUGCUGUAAGUCAUCAUGUUAAUCUCAGUCACAGUCGUAGCACACAAUUAAAACGAGGAAUCUCUACCAUUGAUGAAGAUGAACAUCCAGAAAAAAGAUUAUCGCUUGAAGAACAGCAUCCAGUCAGGCCACCUCUUACUCGAGGUGAAUCUCUUCCUGCUGUUAGUCUUGCUGUUAGCUAUGUUCAAGACAGAAGCAAAGAAAAACAUCCAGUUAGGGCACCCAGUUUUGAGACUGCUACAACUUUCAAGGCCAACGGUGGUUAUGUCGGUCCGUCAAUUCCACUGGCGCCAGCAAGCGUUGCUACCAAUGGUGGCGGUGGAUCGCCUCUUCGUCCCAGGACCAGUCCACCACCUCCACCUCCUCCUCCUCAAGAAACAGGAGGUGGGAAUCAGCAAGGGAAUCAUCAUCAAGGAACAACUGGAGGUCCGUCGCCAAUGGCUGCUUUAAUGUCUGUUGCUGACACUUUAACAUCACCUGAACCUGUAUCACAGCCUCCCAAUAAUCCCAGUCCAACUAGUAGAAGUCCUCCAACAACUGCAUCCAAUGUUCAACAACGUAGUGUUUCCAGGGGCUCUCAACAUAGUCCUAACAGUUCAGGAUCUUCAGCACGAAGACAAAAUGGAUCUAGACAUGUAUCAUCUACAACUGUGAUGACAUCAUCAGAAGGUGUAACCGCCCAAUCUACUGGAUCUGAACCAGUGACAGCGCCUGCACUCAAGUGUACACUCUGUCAAGGUCGUCUUGAGGACACUCAUUUUGUUCAAUGCCCUAGUGUCCCUCAUCACAAGUUCUGUUUCCCAUGUAGUCGAGACAGCAUCAAAAGACAGGGUGCUGGAUCAGAGGUUUACUGUCCAAGUGGAGAAAAAUGUCCUUUGGCUGAUAGUCAGGUGCCUUGGGCAUUCAUGCAAGGAGAAAUUGCAACUAUUCUCGCUGAAGAUACUGCAAGCACUGGGUUGAAAGUAAAAAAAGAACGCGAAACUUAAAGAAAUAGAGUUUUUUGAUAUAAUUGAGGCUCAAAUUUGUAAACUGCUCGAUAUCUCAACGUUAAAGAGAUAAGCAGACAUACUUUGAUGGAAAACCGUGAAGGUUCCAUCAUACAAAUUGUUUUUGAUUGAAAAAAAAAAAUUAAAAAAUUCACAUGUAUUAAUGUUGCUCACUAAUCGAGUCAACUAGGUUAGAGCCGAAGACUUUGAAAUGUGUCGGAAUUUUUUUGCUAGCAGUUAACAAUUUAUUGGUAUAAAUACCAUUUUUAACAAAUUUAAUGUGAAUACCGAUCGUUUCCACUCUAUAUAAACAGCAUUUUUGAUAAAGUUGAUUGAAUAAUAAUAAAUGAUUUAUUAUAAAGAGCACAAAUGUUAACAGUCGGUUUUGAGCAGCACUCUUCGGCAUUUUGACAAGCUGGUGAAUUGUUUUUGGUGCGUUAUAUAUGUGCAAAGAAAAAUAAAGCUUUGAAAAUAUUCUUUUAUUUUAUCUAAUUUAUUUCUCAAUUUUUUUUUUGUCUAGUUUUUUUCUUUCUUAAUUAUGUGACCAUGUACAGUUGCAAUGAAUUUUUAAGUUCUUCAGAAAAAUGAUAGAAGGAUUCGUACUUAGUUUUGAAUGCUGUUACAUAUGAACGUCUCCUUGAAUAAUAAAUUUAUGUAUUGCAAUGACUCAUUAACAUUCUAGUAACAAGUUUAUGAUGUUCGAAAUUUUACAUCAUUAAUUAUUUUGAAUAGUACCGCUCAAAGCGAGUAAGUUCAUUUUCAUUUGUACCUUUAAGGUUCAAACUAUCUUUCUGUACAUUGUGUAUAUGUGUAUAUAAAUUUGAAAUUAAUUAUUAUUAGUAAAGUAACCAAGUUAUCAAUGUACAAAAAUACUAAAUGAUCUAGAAUUGUGCGUUAAUAUUUCAUUUGUGUGUGAUUCCUUUGCACAUAGAAUACAUUUAUUUACAUUCACAAAUGCUUGUAUAUUUUCACACAAAUGCCAUCCAAGUCGUUAUCUCUUAACGAUUAUUGUUUUACUAAUGAUAAAAAUUUUUAUGUGAUGAAAAAUAACAAUAAAAUAAAUAAAAUUCAUUAUCAUUUACUUAAUGUACGUGAAACUAGAAACACAUAAAAUUUGAUAAUUUGUUUAAUGAUAAAUAAUUUAAUGGUUUUUAUUUUUAUUAGCUCUAGUUAUUAAGUUUGAAGACUUUGAGUCUUGGGCUUGUAUUAAAUAUAAAAUAAGGUAUAUUUAAGAAAAUAAAAAAUCAACAGGAACUAAACACUCGCUAUUUAAAAAGUUUAUUAAGAUAGUAUUUAGUGUACAAAACAUUUUUAAUUAAUUUAUCAAACAUUUUUAAAUCAACAGUUGAUCGAUCAAGUCAACUUUAUAGUAUGGAAAGUUUUUAACUAUUGUUAGUUUACUUAAUAAUUUCGAGGCCGCCCAAGAUCAGUUUAUUCUUUCUAAAUGGUAAACUAAUGUUUUUCUGACUGCAAGUAUGAAAAUGUAGUGAUAAAAAUAUGAUAUAAAAAAGAGUGAAUGAUUUUAAAAGAUUUAACGAAUGAUAUUCAAUAUUAGACAAUUGAUGUGGGACUCCCAUUUACCGAUUAAAUUUUUUUCUUUUAAUUUGUAUAUAUUUGUACAAAAAAAAGUUAAUCGAAAUAAUGUUAAAGCAUGCAUCGAUUAAUAUAAGUGAUAUCAAAGUAAAAAAAAAAUAUCUUGAAUAAUUUUCAUUAAAAAAGAUGAAAAAGUUUUUAUUUUUCACUCCGCCCGUCUAUUGUAAUUUUUUUUAACCUUUCUAAAUGCAAAUUUUUAAUCAACGUAUAUAAUUCCGUGACUAGUCGGGCCUUUUAAAAAAAAUAUUUGGUGAUAGCCAAGUAAAAAAAUUUAUAAUAAGGUCCGACUAUAUUUUUAAAAGAUGGUACAAAUUGCAUAAGCAUGACUUUGAUAAAAAAACGAAAAUAAAACGUUUGAAUCAUCAUAAAUGUUUAAUCAUUAUAACAAAAGUCUUCUCAAUUAAAUUUUUAUGAAAACGAAAUAAUGUAUCUAUUGUAACGUUUUAUUUUUUUUUUUAUUUUUUUAAUGGCUUUAAAUUGUUUAUAAUGUAUUUUUAAAAAUGGCAAUUAAUAUAAAAUAUUCUUCAGUAUCUUUUUAUGUUAAUGUGAACAAAAAAAUGCAAUUCCCCGCGAUAUUGUUAUUUUUUUAAUUCUUUUCUGUUUAAGAUAGUAAAAUAACAUUUCAUCAGACUACAAAGUCUGUACUUUGAAAAGUCAUUUGACAGAAAUUUAAAUAAAUAUUUAUGGGUCAUGUAGAAACGUGACUUUUUCUAUUACGAAAAAAUAUAAUUAUUAAAAUAAAAAAGUAAUGAAAACAAAGUAAAUUUUUUGAAUGAAUAAAAAAAAAUGAAAUUAACAUUGAAUGAUAAUUAUAGUAGCGAAUAAAAGAAAAAAAAAACUUUUUUUGUUUUUGAUUUUUUAGAUUAAAACAACUUGGAAAGUGUAACAAUUGUACUGUUUAUCGCAUGUAUGCAAUGAAGGUAAAAAAAAAUCAGAAAAUAUAUAUGUUGAUGUGUAAUAA